CUCCCAGCCGACUGUCUGCCGCACAGUGAGGACGGUGACGACGCUCAUCGCGAGGGUGCUCUUCCGAAGGCUGGUGCACUUCCCGGCUGCGUCGGAGUACCACGGCGUUAUGCGCGACUUCUACGCAAUGGGGCAGUUUCCUGGCGUCACGGGUUGCAUCGACUGCACCCACGUGCGCAUCAGAAGCCCCGGCGGAGAUGAUGCGGAAGUUUAUCGCAAUAGGAAAGGAGUCUUCUCCCUGAACGUCCAGGCCAUCACCGGCCCACAGCUACAGUUCUUUGAUGUUGUGGCAAGUUGGCCAGGAUCUGUGCACGACAGCCGCAUCUUUGAUGGCAGUCGUGCGCGUGCCCUUUACGAGGAGAGCAGAGUGCCCGGCGUCCUGCUGGGGGAUAUGGGCUAUGCCUGUCUCCCUUUCCUGAUGACGCCGCUCGCAAACCCUGGAGCGGCAAAUAGUCCCGGAGAGAGGUAA